AUGAUGGAAAACUUUGACCUUUUUUUUUCUCUUUCUUUUCUUUCUCUGCUUUCUCUCCCCCCCCCAUUGGCUGAUCAAUUCAGAAAACUCUGGCGAUCACCAUGUUCCAGGAAUGAGCAAAACAAUGUGUUCAGAGAAGAUCAUGAAAAAGGAUACGAACGUGUUGGCAGAACCCUAGCUUUGCAGAACAAUGUACCAUGUCCACCUGAUGAUAGCCCCAUAGAGGAUGCAGAUUUAAAAAUUAGUGAGAAGGUGAAUACAAACAUGAACUGCUUGUUUUCUAUGAAAGAUGAAUUUAUUGAUAUGUUAAAUGCUGUCCAGAACCAAGAGCCUUUAUCUGUGUCUUUUAUGACUCAAGCAAGCUGUGAUAAACCAACCUACCCAUGUCUUUCCCCUGCAUUACAUGCACCUGCUUCUCCACAAAGUUCAACUACUGCAGGACCAGUGUUGUUGAAUAUCAAAUCGCCAAAGAAAUUGAUUGCACAAAUAAAUGGCAUGCCAGCAAAGAGUCCACCAGAAUUAAGAAAGCCAUUAAAAGUCUAUAUCCAAGGGUCUGUUCCCACAAAGUUGGAUAUAGAUGUUAUGCACUGUCUAAAAAAUGUUACAGUGGAUUCUGAGCAAUUUCCUUAUACUGCAAAAUGGCUGAAACUUGUUAAUUCAUUCUCAGAAAUAGAAAAGAAGAGUUGGACAAGUCCUGCCAAGGCCCAUGAGAAGAAAGUAAAGACUAAUGAUGGCACUGGCACACCAGUUAUGAAAUCUCGUACAGCCAGCCGACUUGAGCCAAUGGCUCUUUUUAACUCACCUAGCACUGACACAUAG